GGGGAAGAAGUUGAAAGGUCACAGAGCGAAACCGGUUAGUGAAUGACAGCGUGAGUGCAGAGUCAAUGAAGUACCUCACAUGGCUGGUCGACUACUGAAAGUAUCAUCUGUUGCCACUGCAGUGUUCGCAUCAACAGGGUUCUACCUGUACAACAAAAAUGUUGAUCUCAAUGACCUCAGCAUCAUUAGAUUUGGGAGGGCAGCUGCGAUGACAGCCGUUAUUAGUUAUGACUACCUCACCGCUCUCAAAAAUGUACAGUAUGGCACAGAAGAGUACUGGGCUGUCAAAUCAAAGCUUCACAGGCGCUCGGCAGAGAGACUCAGGGAGUUGUGUUGUGCUAACAGAGGCACCUUCAUUAAAGUGGGCCAGCACCUGGGAGCCCUGGAUUAUCUCUUACCUGAAGAGUACACCAGCACGCUGAAGGUCCUUCACAGCAGAGCACCUCAGAGCUCCAUGGAGGAAAUCAAGCAGGUCAUUCGGGAAGAUCUGGGAAAAGAGCUUGGUGAGCUUUUUAUCCAGUUUGAAGAGAAGCCCCAGGGUGCCGCCUCCCUAGCUCAGGUCCACAGAGCUGUACUUUCGGACGGCAGGACCGUUGCAGUGAAGGUGCAACAUCCCAAGGUCCGGCGGCAAAGCUCCAAGGACAUUGUUGUGAUGGAGUUCCUCCUGCAGGUUGUCCAUUGGUUGUUUCCUGACUUUGCUUUUAUGUGGCUGGUGGAGGAGGCUAAGAAGAACAUGCCUCUAGAGCUGGACUUCCUCAAUGAAGGCCGAAACGCAGAGAAACUGGCAGAGAUGCUCAAGCGGUUCGACUUUCUGAAGAUCCCAAAGAUUCACUGGGAACUUUCUACCAAGCGCAUUCUUACCAUGGACUUUGAGGAGGGAGGUCAGGUCAACGAUCGAGAAUACAUGAGAAAACAUGAUAUCAACGUCAAUGAGAUCUCCCAGAACCUGGGCAAGAUAUACAGUGAGAUGAUAUUCGUCAACGGUUUUGUGCACUGUGAUCCCCACCCUGGCAACGUGUUGGUCCGAAAGGGUCCUGAGAGCAACAAGACAGAAAUUGUGUUACUCGAUCAUGGUCUGUAUCAGGUGCUGAACCAGGACUUCAGGCUCAACUACUGCAAGCUAUGGCAGAGUUUGAUAAGAGGAGAUAUGAAGGGCAUUGAGCGUUACAGCAGGCAGCUGGGUGCAGGCGAUCUCUACCCUCUUUUUGCAUGCAUCCUCACCGCCCGCUCCUGGAAGUCAGUUAACACCGGCAUCAGUCAGACCCCUGUCACUCAAUCUGAGGAUGUGGAGAUCCGUACAAAUGCGGCACAGUACCUCCCUCAGAUCAGUGAGCUUCUGAACAGGGUUCCCCGGCAGAUGCUGCUGCUCCUAAAGACCAAUGACCUGCUGAGAGGCAUUGAGACCACCCUGCAGACCAGAGCCAGCUCCAGCUCCUUUAUCAACAUGUCCCGCUGCUGCACCCGUGCCAUUGCCAGGCACAAGAUGAGUAAAACCAAGUCUGGGACCAGGCGACUGCAGAUCUCACUGUCUGAACAUUGGGCUCUCUGCCAAAUAGGCCUGUAUGAACUUAUGUUGUGGCUCCGCAGCUCUGCACUGGCCAGAUGGGUCUACUAUCUCCUCGGCUGCUUGCCGUACCCAAACUGAGACACGGGUGUCAGGCUAUGUAACCCAGGCCAGCCCCUUGUGAACUACACAGUGAUCCUAGCACUGAACUCAGGACACAGCCAAAUGCAUUAGAUGUUUUUAUUAAUGACUCUCAGUUGUGUGUCUUAAAUGGAAUAAAUGUAUUUUAAAGUCAUUUUAGUAAUGCACAGACAUAGGGUCAUUGCAAGGUCAUGUGAUUACCCUUAUGAAAAUUAACCAUGGGUUUAUUACAGUUAAAACAAAAAGUUUAAUUAAAUCAUGGUCAAUAUACACCAUUAGAAAAGAAAAUGGUAAAAAAUGGUUCCUAGCUGUCUGGGGCUGUAGCAUUACAAAAAGUACACAUUUGCAUAUAUAUAUAUAUAUAGCCAGCGGUAAUCAAUAUACCAAAAAAUCAUGGCUACUACAUAAAACAUGGUUAGUUUUUGUAAAGGCAAUAUGUAUUAGUGCCAGUGCUCACUGCAUGUUUAACUUUUAGUUAUUUGUAUUAUUUUGCAGGUACUGUAUGUACAAAAUACACAUUGUGCAGAAUCCAGACAUGUGAAAUCACCAUUGAGCUGCCUUGUUUAUCUUCUCUAGAUGUUACCUCUCCACAGAUUUAAUGGAAAAUACUUUUCAAAAUCUGUUUUCACAUUCCUUAUUUUCCCUCUUCCGUACUGUUGAAAAUGUUUUUAACAAUUCAUAACAGUUUAUAAACAACAGUUGCAGUCUAAUAUAAAAUUUUUCAAUUAUUUAUUUUGUGGAUUUUUGUUGAGUUAAACUCUUUUUAUUCAUCAUACUGAGUCAAGAAUUUAUAUUUUUUAUUUUUGUGUUUAUUUGUA